UGAUGUAAUAUAGAGUGGAAUUGUAUAUUUGCUAUGGUGCUUGAGAUGAAAGUGCUUUGACAACAACAUCGAUGAUGCUCUGUUCGUGGUGCUGAAAUCUCUCUCUCCAACGCGCGCGCACGCACACACACACACACACACAUACACAGCCUCUGUCAUGGCGUCUUCCAACAACGUUAACCCCAUCAACUACAGCUGGUGGCCCAUAUCUGCGAUGGAUGAAGGCUCCAAAUUGGCUGAGGAAAAUGGGAGUCUAGAAGCAGUAGUAGAGCCAAGACCCUUUUCAAAAGACAGACUGGUUCUGUAUCACUGGACGCAGUCUUUCACCUCGCAGAAGGUGCGGCUGGUGAUCAGUGAGAAGGGCCUGCCGUGCGAGGAGAGGGACGUUAGCCUCCCGCUCAGCGAACAGAACGACCCCUGGUUCAUGAGGCUCAACCUGGGAGAGGAGGUGCCCGUGUUCAUCCACGGGGACACCAUCGUCAGCGACUACAACCGCAUCAUCGAGUACUUGGAAACAAACUUUGUGGGAGAGAUGGUGGCCCAGCUGAUCCCCGACGCCGCGACGCCCCUCCACGCCCGUGUGCAGCAGUACCGGGAGCUGCUGGACGGGCUGCCCAUGGACGCCUACACCCACGGCUGCAUCCUGCACCCCGAGCUCACCGCCGACUCCAUGAUCCCAAAGUACGCCACCGCUGAAAUACGCCGACACCUGGCCCAUGCUGCAUCUGAGCUAUUGAAGCUGGACCAGGAAGAGUCCCAGCUGGCAGAGCUGGAGCCCUAUCUGUCCAAACAUAAGAAGCUCAUGGCUAAGAUUCUGGACCACGAUGACGUUAACUACCUGAAUAAUAUUCUUGGUGAAUUGCAUAUGGUGUUGGAUCAAGUGGAAGCUGAACUAGAGAAGCGGAAACUUGAAUAUCAAGGACAGAAGCGUGAGCUCUGGCUUUGCGGACCCGAUUUCUCUCUGGCCGACAUUUGUCUGGGAGCGACUUUGCACCGCCUCAAAUUUUUAGGACUUUCGAAGAAGUACUGGGAGGACGGGAGCAGACCCAACCUGCGGUCGUUUUUUGAGCACGUGCAGAAACGCUACGCCUUUCGCAAGGUCCUGGGCGAUGUGCACACCACGCUCCUGUCUGCCGUUCUCCCGAACGCCUUCCAGAUGGUGAAGAAAAAGCCGCCGUCAUUCUUCGGAGCGUCGUUUCUAAUGGGAUCGCUAGGAGGCAUGGGGUACUUCGCCUAUUGGUUUUUAAAGAAAAAAUACAUGUAGUGAAAGCUGUUAUUUGGCUUCUGUUAGCAACUUUUUGCUAACAGAAGCCAAACGUUUUGGUUUUUGAUGCCAUGUUGUUGUUUUUUUGACAUUUUCAAAACACAAGCGAAGUGUUUGUAGAAAUUUGUUAAAUUAAUAAUGUGUGUACAGAAGAUAAUGAAUUUGUCGUUUUUUCAUGUUUUUAUGUGGCAUAUAUAAAAAAUAACCCGUUUGUACACCUGAAAGAACAAUUUAAAAAUACUUAAAUUAUUUCAAGAUAAUUCAGUAUAGAUACUCUGCAUUACAUUUAGAAUAUAAUGUAAGAUUGUUCUCUAGACAGAAGUAUUAUAUAGACAUAGACACUGCAUGAAGUGAAAAAUUGGAUUGUAUCAAAAAUUUCUAAUUUGCAGUUGAAUAUAUCAUUCCACAACUUAUUUUAAAUAAUUUUCAAACAACUUUGUGAAUAUUUCAUAAACUGUAGUUGAAGACUCUUCCCCUUCAGUUAGUAGUCUGCUUUUUAUGAAAUGUAAUUCAAUAGCUAAGUGGACCUUUGAAACCUACAUACAAGCAGUCUUUCCUCUAGGUGUUUGCUAUUUUAUGCAUCACUAUCUUUUGAUAUGGAAACUGAUUUUUCACUGAAACCUUGCCGUUAAAAAAACAUCUACUUUAUAUAGUGCUAUUUUUCUAAUUGCCAGAAAGUACUGCCAGAUAUAGUUGUAGAGGCUGUUCAAUCCUCUCAGUUGACAUACAUUUUAGCAAGAGUUCCUUCUGUUAUUUUGAUGGUUUUCAAAGAUGAAUGGUUUUCCUCUCACUACCACACUCAGAAUGUGGAAAAAGAUUAGUCCACAUGAAAAAUAUAUCACUGUGAUACAACUGCUUUCAAUACACAUUGUUAGAAUGUAACCAAAAUGACCUGUUUACCACAAAAUUCACUUUUGUCAGUGAGAGGCAUGCUUGAAGUAUGAACAGGGUAGGCACUCUAAAAAAGCAGUCCCUUUUUGCACUUUUUAGUGAUAUUGGGACAACUAUUGUUCAGUAACUGAUAAUGUAAUUGUAAUUCCACCCUUAUGGCAUUCAUGAAACCUCUCUUUCCCAUCUUUGCUUUUUAACUGCUGAGUAUAGCUCAUUCAUAUGGGAACUGUUCCUGUAUUUAAAAACUGAACUUACCUGACAUCUUGGCCAGAUGCAUGAAACCACAAGGUUAUGAGCCUGAUAAAA